AUGAGAAGGACUGUUCUGAGAAAUGCAACUCUGUACAUUCGCAACCUUCUUCCCUCCGUCCCCGCGCUCGCCGCUGCUACUCGUGCGCGACCCAAACUUUUCUCUUCCAAUGAAAUUCCCCCACCGGUCCCUCAAAACCCGGACGACGUCGACAACAAAGAGCUGAAGAGGCGGAUCGAGAGCUACAUUAAAGGCGACGAGCAGGUGCUGCCGUCGAUCAUGGAGGCGAUUCUGCAGCGGAAGCUGUCGGGGAAACACGAAGAGACUGACGACGAGCUUAUGGAGGAACUCCGCAUGGGCCCCAUUGACGACGUCGAGGACAGGGACUUCGAGUCCGAUUUCGAUGACUGUCACCUAACCGACGAGGAAAUCGACGAUUUGUACAACGCGAGGGAUGUGGUAAUGAAGAGGAUGGUGCAGGAUGAGUACUUCAACAUGGAUGAUAAAAAGUGGGAUGACAUUGUUGAGGAUGGAAUCAAGCACGGUUUUCUUGGGGACGCCAAGGAGUGCGAGGAGAUUCUAGAGGAUAUGCUCAGCUGGACAAACUCCUCCCUGGUCCGUAAUCCAUCUCAAUUCUAUUGCUCUUAUUGUUUGUUUUUGUGCAUAAUGCAGAAACCCAAGUAUGGGGAUAAGGCAUUGGGGAAGUAG